AUGGCCCUCUUCGUAGAUCUCGAGGAAGAGGCCGAGCCUCCCCAGACGCAGCACUAUGGUCUGAAGCCCGAGUGGAACGGCGCGCGAGCGACGCCGUCGUCGUCGGGAGCCGAUGGCGCGGCUCCGGCUGCCGCAGCCGUCGCCGUUGUCGGUGGACGUGCCGGGCAGAGCCAGUCAACCGCAGACCGGGAAUCCGAGAACCCUAAUGAGCAUAAUGGGAUGGCAGAGGCUCUCGGAUGUUAUCCUAUCGUCAUGGCGAUUGCGUCGUCCAUCGACCUCAACACCCUCGAUAACCUGUCCCGUACCUGCCGCCAGGUGCACCAGGCCCUCCUGCAGUACCGUAGCACCAUCCUUUCCCACUCGCUCCACUGCGUCAAUGAGGACGUGCCCAUCCACCCCGGAGACACCUUGCGCUAUCGGGCCCGAGCUGGUAACUGGUACUAUAUGGAAGACGGCCGCGCCGGGGACUACAGCGGUAAGAGUGGAAGUUGUGCGAGGGAUAUGGUGGCCGAGUGUAGACGAUGCGGCACCGUCGUCUGUCGGAACUGCGCGAUCAAACCGCCGGCUCCGGCCGCGCUCCAUGACAGACAUCGCCGACUAUGCUUUCCGUGCAGCAAGGCUCCGCUCGGGACCCUCGUGAAACCGGCAUUGCGGCCAGAAACCCCUCUACAUGCAGAGGAAAUGCAGCGGGCGAUCUGCACCUGCGUUACGCAGGGGGUCUGGCUCUGCCAGCCCUGCGGGAGGAGCAUUCGGGGCGCUGAUCAAGACUACAAGUCCGUCUGGAAAUGGCGCAACCAAUACCGCGAUGUGCUAGGGGGGCUCGGGACCGGUAUCGGCGAAGGCGACCGGGGCGUGAUUUGCGGGCGGGAGGCGUCGUGCUGCGGCGCCAAGGAGCGGGAGCAGGAAACUGACUGCGACGCCGCCGACGCUCGCGAACAAGACGAGCAGAAUAACGGCAGCGGCAGCAGUAACGGUGGGAGCGCUAACCUGACCCCGUGGGCGACACCAUCCCCCUCGGGGUCGGUCCCGGGUUCACCGCCGGAGCGGCGGACGCCCAGCCCGCAGCUACGACCCGGGUAUGCACGCCACGAGAUCGAGGGCAUCGGUGGGGUAGUCAAGACUAAGCUCGUGCGGAUCGUGCGUGUCGGCGCAUGCGUGCCCGAAUGGGAUGACGAGAGGAACAAGGGGGAGAUACUGAGCCGGGAGGUGCGGGGCCACAGCCGGAGCUGGUGUGGCUGGUGCUGGAGGGUGAUCCCGGGCAGGAAAGACUUGGAGGCGGCGGCUACGUCUAAUGCUGCCGCCGGCGUUGGUGCGGGUAGGGAAUAG